GUGUUACCGCCCUUGGACCGAGUGAGAAAUCAACCAGUGAAGACAUCGCAUUCAUUGGGAAGACUGGCAUUAUUUGGACGUUUCUUAGUUAGGUCCCAAUCGCCUCAGGUAGCCCCCCCCCCUGGUCUGGAGCAGUGAGCCCGAGAAGAAACAGUGUGGCUGUGGUCUGCUGUUCAGUGUUGCUUAGCAAGCUAUAGCCGGCACCAUGGCGCUGUCGUACAAGAAGGACCUGGACAAGUACAAGGAUCUCGACGAAGAUGAAAUCCUCAACAAACUGUCGGCGGAGGAACUCAAACAGCUGGAGACAGCCCUCGAGGAGAUGGACCCUGAGAAUGCUCUUCUCCCAGCGGGCUUGCGUCAGAAAGACCAAACAACUAAAAAAGCAACGGGAUCUUUCAACAGGGACAGCCUCCUCAAAUACCUGGAGAAGGAAGCCAUGGAGUACAAGGACAGAGAGGAUGUAGUGCCCUUCACUGGGGAGAAAAAAGGUAAAGUAUAUGUUCCUAAGCAGAAACCAAUAGAAACGUGCCAGGAGGAGGUCACAACUCUGGAUCCAGAAUUAGAGGAAGCCCUGUCCAGCGCCACAGAUACAGAACUGUGUGAUCUAGCAGCGAUCCUGGGUGUUCACACGCUGGUCACCAGUAGUCAGACAUAUGAUGGGACUGCAAGUAAAGAGGGUUACAACAAUGUGAUCAAAGGGGAGAAGAUGAACCCCGUGUUUGAUGAGCCUCCAAAUCCGACUAACGUAGAAGAAACUCUGCAGAGGAUAAAAAGCAACGACGGCUCCUUAACAGAGGUCAACCUCAACAACAUUAAGAACAUUCCAAUUCCCACGCUGAAAGACCUCGCCAAAGCCAUGGAGAAGAACACCAGCGUCAAGAAGUUCAGCAUGGCAGCGACACGGAGUAACGACCCAGUUGCUGUGGCGUUCAGCGACAUGUUGCGGGAGAACAAGACGUUGCGAAGUUUGAACUUGGAGUCCAACUUCAUCACCGGGGCCGGGGUGCAGGCUUUGGUUGAGGCGCUGCGAGACAAUGACACACUCACAGAGAUCAAGAUAGACAACCAGAGGCAGCAGCUGGGUACUACUGUAGAGAUGGAGAUAGCUAAAAUGUUGGAAGAGAACAACAGCAUAGUGAAGUUCGGCUAUCACUUCGCCCAUCAAGGACCUCGUUCCAGAGCUGCUGCAGCCAUCACCAAGAACAACGACCUGGUCCGCAAGAAGCGAGUGGAAGGGGACCUGUAGGGACGGAGCCCGACGCGACUCCCAGCCAAUCCUGUUGUUUCAUCUCACCAUGUGGAAUAAUUUCAGCCAAUGCCCUGGUGUCAUCUCACUGUGUGGAAACUUUAGUCUUGUGCCAAACUGUGGGGCAAGGCGCGCUCAACCAGAACAUACAUCUGAGAAGAAGGGAAGUAACUGGAAUUGCCCUCUCCCAUACACAUGUGGAUACUCAUGUUUAUUAUUAUGUCGUUGUUGAAGCUGUAAAUCUGAUUAGUUUUUAGUCGUUUCAUUUCAGCUGCUCCUCUUUUUGUUUUUUUUGAGCCUUUAAAUGAUCUGUCCAGACUUUUUACUUGCUUUUUUUCCCUUUUUUACUAUGCUAUAAUCCUGUGAAAUAAAACUGAACAUUACCAAGUAACAGAAACAAGAACAACAGCUUUGUAAAAACGAUAACUAACAUUGAGAAACACCUGUAUCCUCUACCGUGAUAGUUUGCAGUUGAGGUCUAAGCUUCCAGAGGAAUUCCUGUAUUGAAGCAGCAGAAUUUGUCAUUAGAAAGAAAAAGAUGGAGAUAGCAUACAGAAUGGAUAUAACCCUGGCAUGUAUACUUGUCUGACUGUAAGAUAGCUGAUAGUCACCAUGUUGUAACCAGCUAACUCUUGGUUCUAACGUUGUUUUACAUUCCAUCUGCAUGGUGGUUUACAGAUGUUGUUUAUUGGAGUUGCCUUGUAAAGCCAGUGGGACUGUCUGGCUGGUGUGUGUGACGGUUAAGUGUGUGUUGACCUCAUGCUGUUGUCAGCCUAAGCGCAGAUGCUGGCUCACGCCCUUUAUAUAAAUGUAAUACUGUAAGCAUCAGUGCAUAAUGUUUUAUGUUACUUUACUGUUUUAUGGCAACUAAAGAUCUUGUUUUCUUACUGUUCAAAAUCUCAUCUUAUUCUUAUCACUUAUAUCCCUGAAAAGGAAAUUACAACUUGGUUUCAAGUGAAAGUGGGAUUGUACUGUAAAAGGAACAGGAUAUGAACCCCAGUCAGGACAGAAGAGGCUUUGAUCUGCUCUCACAAGUGAAGUAAAAUUGGGCUGAACAUGCUGGGUUUCUCUGAUGCUUAACCAUGCCAAAGACUAACAAAUGCAGAGCUUCAAGUAUCAAUAUGAACAUAAUGGUUAUUGUUUGUCAGCUUCCUUCUGCGAAACAGCAAUGAUCUAGACCUUUCUAGCUCAUGCCAUUGCUUUUUUUUUAAAUGCAUUUUUUGGGCCGUUAAUUGCAAAAUGUUCAGCGAGUCGUUCAGUGAGACGCGAGGAAGAGCUGGUAAACAGUUUGUGUGAAACUUCUCAGGUUGAGACUGGUCAUGAAAUGUUUCUAUGAACUACAUAUCCCUGCUAGAAAACUUUUCUUCAUUCCCUCACACGCUUCCACUCGGCCCUCAGCAGCAUCUCGGCGGUAGCAUGUCGUUCAUUAUGUAACAGCUGACAAAAUCCUACGUGUGCCUCAAACUGGACUUCCAUAGGUACACCAGCCUGCUUGAGAUGGGUGCAACAGGACUAAAUCAGGAGUUACUUGAAACUUGUAAAUACUGUUUAUGUGUAAUAGGAACAAUAUACUGGCAUGAAGUCGUCACUUGUGAACAUCAUGUUUCUGUCGACCAAAAAUGCUCUUUCAUCUUAACAGCCUCACGUUCCUCGGAUAAGAGCUGGGUGGCUGAGUUCAGUACUUUGGCGUUUUUAUAUCUGUGUACUUCUGCCACGAUCAUAUCUGCUGGUAUUUCUCCUUGAACCUCUGCUUUGCUUUAUUGGUGGACAGUCAGCUGAAGCGGGAAAGCUGCUUCUUUGCUUGGGCUUGUUGGGAAUAUUCUGUGAUUCAUAAUUCACAAGUAUGUAUUUUAAUUGUAAGAUGCCAUCUCAAAUUGAAAGUGCACACACGUACUCCAACGCGCUCUUUCAUGGGGGUGCCGCGUAAAUCUACACAAGUCAUUGCUGAGAUUUUUUUUUUUUGUACCUUAAAUCAAAACCCAGGUGUAUACUCCACAUAAGGAAUAUGUACUAUUAUACGACCACAAAACGCACUGCUGAAUAUAAAACAUCCUCAACAAUAAAUGUUUUUACAUACUCUCU